GGGGAGGGGUGGGCAGCCUUCGGCCCUCAUGCGCCCUCGCCUCCCGCCUCGGGGGCUCCUGGCCAACGACGUGGCGGUGCUGCACGCGAAGCGCGCCUGCCGACUCCGCGCGCCCCCGCCGCGCCCCACGGACCUCCCGCUCCCUCGUUCCCGCCGCCCCCCUCCCCUUUAAUAACGCCUCAAAUAAGGAAGCAGCCUGCCAGCGGGCGCCCUGUGGAGGUUCUUUCUUCCCCGAUGGCCCUGGGAACCCGUGGGGGACCAGGCGAGGUCGAACAUCGGAAGGAGAGGCGCUCCAAACGCUUGCAGUCUCGUGUAGCCUGUCUCGGAUUUGCGUUGACUUGAGGGUCCCGCCUCGCUGCUCUCUUUAGCUGUAUCAGCGUGUUUCGAUUGCUGACGUCACUGUGCGAGCACUAUCGCUUCCAACUCGUAUGUGUUGCCGUGUGUUCGGCUCUUCUUCCGACGGAAAGAACACGUGGAAGAGUAGGAUGUGCAGGAUAUGCGUGAUGGUACGGCAACGGAGGACAAGGAGGAGGGGAAUAGGCUCCCGUCGCGCAGCUUGUUGAGGCGCGCGGAUCCAGCUUCGGUGAGGAGGCUGAUGGACGGGUUGCCCAGGCGGGGCCUGCGCCCCGACGGGGCCAGCUACCAGAGGCUGGUGUGGGCGCACUGCGCGGCUGCCGACCUCGCCGGGGCGGAGGCCGCGCUGCUGGAGAUGCGCGCCGCCCGCUUCAGCCCAGACAAGCAGUGCUACCACAGCCUCGCGCGGGCGCUCGGCAGGGGUGGCUCCCCGGAGGGCGACGCUGCCGUAGCGCGACGCGUGUGCGCCGACAUGCAGGCCGACUCCGUCAAGCCCGACGUCUGGCUGGGUUGCAUGUUCGUGCGAACGCUGGUGCAGGGUGGCGACCGCGCAAGCGCCGACAAGGUGGUCGCGUACAUGCGGGACCGCCACGUCGAGCCCGACCAGAGGGUGCUGGCCGAGCUCGCCGGCCGGCCGCCGCGAAAAGUGGCCUCUGCCAGGGCCGCGCCCGCGCGUCGCGCGAGCUGUUCGCCGCACGCGCGAGCGCGCGCCGCUCCGACGGACUCUGCUCGUGGGGACCCGUGA